UUGCUUAUUGGAGAGACAUUUAUUAAUACAGAAAAAAUUACAAAAAGAGGGAAAAUAGCACAAUGAACCGAACUUUUUCUUUAGCAGAAGUCUACAGCAAGGUAAGCUGUUUCAGCGCGAUGACUGUGAAGCAUGUGGAUCGUUGCAAAUAUGUAACUGCCGCAGCGGACUGCAAACAGGCCAUGAAUCUCAUAAGAUACUACAGGAUCAUGUACUGCGCAAUGAAUGUCGAUGACAGAAGCUCGGAGAUGCUUGUAAUUGUCAUUUACGCUACAAUAGUAUUCUUCCUCAUACUGUGGAUCCUUAUACUGGAGAAGUACUUCACUCAUAUAGUCAAGAUCAUUACCAUCAAGUUGAAUUUUAACGAAUAUUUAGCUGGCAUCGUCUUGGUUGCCUUCUGCAACGCAGCGCCCGAGAUGUUGACAAAUCUCAUGCCCAUGCGCAGCCUGUCACCGGUCUAUUCUACAAACAUGAGCAGCGGCCUAUCCAUCCUUUUGUUGUCCGGCGGUACCAUUUGCUAUCUUAGAUCAUUUCAGAUUAACAAGGCGUGCGCGAUACGCGAUAUUCUCUUUCUAAUCUUGUGCAGCGAGUUACUGAUUUACUGUAUAGUUUCAGAUGAAUUCGCGUCAUUAACGGAAGCUUGCAUUCUUGUAUCAAUGUUUUUCAUAUAUGUGAUCAUUAAUGUAAUCGAUCUAAAACUGGCGCGUCUUUACAUGCAGAAAGUGAAAGAAAAGAUUGCCGAAAUGAAAACCAGGGAUUUGACAAUCAGUGAUCAUGAGGAACUGAGUGACCUUGAGCUAAAAUUGUCUGCCCUAGAGAUAGACACAAUGAUGGGGCUGCACAACUACCGGCAUACCUAUUACUACGAUAAUAUGAUUCGCAAGAGCUCUUUGCGCAGGUCCACCAUUCGGCGUUCUACACUUGGAUUCGGACGUGUCUCCAGGGUGAUUCCGCAAGAAAGAGGCAUUGAUAAGGCUAGCACACGCGACAUACUCCAUAAUCCGGACAAUCCCAAGAACAUGUUCAUAUUCAGUGAAUUCCGUGAGGCACUGUGGCCCGUCGAUAGAGAGCAAUGGCGCCUGAAAGGCUGGUGCGGGCGUGGCAUUCUGUUAAUACUCGCCCCUUUAUAUCUCCUCAGCGUUAUCAUAAUACCAAAUCCAGACUAUACGGCCGAUAAGCACGGUUGGAGCAAGUUACUCAACUGCAUUCAAUUAAUAAUCAGUCCAUUUAUUUGUACUCCAUUUAUUUGUACGUUGCUUAUUAAUGCUCUUGUUCUAAAGUCCUAUGAUGAUUACUCUAUGAAAUUUGACUUUACCUAUGCCUUAUAUUCGUUUGCGAUUACUGUACCUUUGGCAAUUGCUGUGUUUCUGCACUCUCGCACAGAUAAGCCGCCCCCUUAUCAUUUCAUCUUUGCUGUAAUUGGCUUCAGCACUACACUCAUCUUAAUGAUGCUCUGUGUUAGUGAGCUGGGGGUGCUGUUCGCAAUCAUUGGCCUGUCCUUUAACCUGUCGGAGGACUUUGUAGCGAUCAGCAUUCGUGUGCUUGCCACGACCGUGGGCGAUGUAAUUGUGAAUACAUCGCUCGCCAAACAGGGCUACGAGCGAAUGGCAUUUGCUGCAACUUUCGCUCAUCCCAUUUUAGAGUUGACAGUGGGUAUGGGUGUGAUCUUCUUACUGAAUGGUCAUGUUCGUGUGAAGGGCUCGGCCAACUGGAUGGUCGGCAUGCAUGGAUAUAUAACACACGUUUUCUAUAUGAUUGCCGUAUUUUCGUACCUGGCCUGGGGCUUGAUUUACAACUUCUUCACGCGUCGUUCGAUUGGAAUAUACUCAUAUAUCAUAUACGCUUUGUACUGUCUCUAUAUAUUUUUAGCUGAAUUUGAAGUCAUCUACGAUAUUACGUAUUUGUCUUCAUACAUUGAGCCAAAAUAA